GACUAGACGUUCAGGAGUGGAGAAAUCUAGACUGGUACAACAGCUCCGUGAAGUAUAGCGUAUCGUAUAAAGCGCCGAAGCCGACCUACGUCUUGAAUGAGCUGGUGAACCAGCAGACAUUCAGACUGACAGGCUACCGAUGGUUCUGGGUUGCGGAUGACAACAUCGAUUUCACCCAUGUGGACCUCAUCA